AGAGAUUAAGUUAGUACUAGUCACAACUCGUCCCUCUCCAUGCAUGGCCUCGCGUGUCGCUAGCUUCCGAUGGCGGUGACCAGAAUCUGUUCAGGGGCUUGCUGCGCUUGCAAGGUCGCUGCGAGAGGGAGCACUGAACUUUGGACUGCACCUCAGAGGGUGAAGUAAACAACAGGGCUAUAAAUGUCAGUGUCAGGCACUGGCUUUGUGGAGCUGCCCUGCUAGAGCAAAGAGAGGGAGAGGAAGCAAACUAGUCCGAAGGGGUUGCGACAACGCCACAAUGUGGAGAAGCCUAGGGCUAGCCCUGGCUCUCUGUCUCCUCCCCUAUGGAGGGGCAGAGAGCCAAGGCCAAAGCCCUGUUUGUAAGCAACCUCCAGCCUGGAAGAUAGGAGAUGAAAAUCCAAUGCUAAACUCUGAGGGCACAGUGACUGUGGUUGCUCUUCUGCAAGCCAGCUGAUACCUGUGCCUUUUGCAGGCAUCCAGACUGGAAGACCUGCGACUGAAGCUAGAACAGCAGGGAUAUUCUAACAUUUCCUACAUUGUUGUUAACCACCAAGGGUCCCCUUCUCAACUCAAACACAUCCACCUGAAAAAGCAGGUGUCAGCCCAGAUUGCUGUUUACCGACAGGAAGAACAUCAAACAGAUGUCUGGACUCUCCUAAAUGGAAACAAAGAUGACUUCCUCAUAUACGACAGAUGUGGCCGUCUUGUGUAUCACCUUGGCUUGCCCUAUUCCUUCCUCACGUUCCCAUAUGUUGAAGAAGCCAUUAAGAUCGCUUACUGUGAGAAUAAGUGUGGAAACUGCUCUCUCACGAGUCUCGAAGAUGAAGACUUCUGUAAAAACGUGUCCUUAGCUGCUAUGGGUGGAUCAGCGGAGCCCACCAAAGCACAUCACCACCACAAACACCAUCAUAAGCAUGGGCACGAGCAUCUUGUGAGCAGCGAGCUGUCAGAGAACCAGCAACCAGGAGCACUAGACGUGGAGCCACCUUUGCCUCCUUCAGGCCUACACCAUCGCCAUAAGCACAGGGGCCAGCACAGGCAGGGUCACUUGGAGAGCUGAGACAUGCAGGCAAGUGAAGGUGUACAGCUUUCACUUGCUCAAAGGAAGCUUUGUCGGAAGGGGUGUGUAAACCAGCUCCUAUGUACGUUGUCUAAGGAGUCAGGGACAACCACCAAUAGCUGCUGCUGCCACUGCCGCCAUCUCAUAUUUGAGAAGUCAGGGUCUGCAAUCACUUGACAGUGCGCCGAAAACCUCCCAUCUUUAUGUAGCUGACAGGGGCUUUUUGCGGAGGAGAAAGUCAUUGAGUCUUGUCAAUGUCGAUCACCUCCUGCUGCCUGACAGAGUCAGCCACUAAACCCCACAGAAAUUGGCACCACCUGAAGCUGAAAUAAUAAGGCCAAAAAGUGAAAAUGACGUUCAAACUAAAUAUUUAAAAUAAAUUGUAUGCUCCCUAAGUCAAUCUAAAGAGACAAUUUCAUUUCUAGAAAUUUUGCAACCCAUUUUUUAAAUCAGUGAACUAAAAGUAGGAAUUGGAUUUGUGCAAACAUGAAGAAAUUUAUCAUAUUUGCUACUAAAUUUAAAAUUUGAUGCCAUGGAAAUUUUGACCUAAAUCAGAUUUGUAUUAUGGGGUAACUAAAAAGUGAUUGCAGCUUUUGGUUAAUAUGUCUUUCUUUUUCUUUUUCCCGUGUUCUAAUUACAUUGAUGAGAACAGAAACAUAAACUAUGACCUAGGGGUUUCUGUUGGAUAGCUCGUAAUUUAGAAUGGAGGAAGAACAACAAAGACACAUUUUCCAGUUUUUUCCUUUACUUAAACUCUCAAAACAAUAGGAACCUUUAUCUUUUUAAACUUCCAUUUUAACCAAUUAAGUCUUUAACAGACUGCAUUUUGAAUAUCUUCUUAUCUUUUUAUACUAGCUUGACUUUUACUACAUACAUUUGUGUAUCCUGUUUUCUUCAUCCUGUGUUGUAUUGUUCUUCUGAACUGUGAGUGACUGUCUUGAAAGACAUAACGGAAGAAAAGUAUGUUGGUAAUCUGCAUACUGCUUAAGACAGUAUUCCCAUAAUCAAUGAUGGUUCAAUAGAGAAACUCAGCCCUAUGAACCUGAACUCUUUUAUGGCUAAUACCAAUAAGCAAGAAUGCAGUACAGAAUUGGGCACAGUACGGAUUUAUCUAAAUAAAUGCAAUUUAAAAAAGCUUAAAA